GUAUUUGGUGAUGGUGUGUGUAGUACGGCGGUGUGCGGGCAGCGUGAUGGGCGGCUGUCACAGGCUAGGCGGCGAGUGGGCGUGCGGGCGGGCGAGCGUCCUUCUUCUCCUAGUGAUGCUAGACGCAACCCGAGCCAGCCGAGGGGGGGUGAGCUUGGAUCUUCGCUCGGGCAUCGUUCGAGGGUUCAGCCCACACGUCAAGUUCCUCGCCACGCCCACACGCCCACCCAAUGUCAGUUCGGCGCUCCUGGAGGAAGCAGACGGCUGUGGGCGCAGCGCCGUGCUGGAGGUGCAGACAACGGGCGCCGGCGGCUCCAUCCUCGAGGUCAACCUUGAAUACUCUUCGCCAAGACUUUGGACGCUGCACUUAGCGGACUCUCCUUCGGCUACCGGCUACAAGGGAGGGAACUACACCGAGGCCCACAUCAAGAACCGACAGUGGCGAGUGUACGGGAAGGGCGAGGGUAUCCUGCAGGGGGCGCUGGACGGGCAGAACCUCUUGGCUGUGACGGAUAAUAUCGCCAGGAACUACCACCCCGUCCGGCUCUACGUGUCCCAUAAUCUGCUUGAAUGGCGAUACAGGAGGAAGUUUCGCGGCCGACGAGGGAGAGUGCAAGGCAAGGCCGCCUUCUCCCUCGGCGCCAGGAACCCCGAAGGCGGCGAGACCAGCGUCGGGCGUCUCUACCUCGGCUUAAACAGGGUCAUCGGCUGGCCAGGAGAGGCGGGCGUGGGACUCUGUCAUGUCACGGUGACGCUGCUCAAUGACGCGUGCAAGACAGGGCGCCACAAGUGCGACAGAAACGCGGUGUGCAAGAGCUUCAAACGCCUCCACAGGUGCUCCUGCAAGAAGGGCUGGGAAGGAAACGGCCGCGCAUGCGCAGACGUGGACGAGUGCCGCCUGCGGAACGGCGGCUGCGUGCACGUGUGCGCCAACUCGCCGGGCAACUACAGCUGCUCGUGCCACGGGGGCUUCGCGCCCGACCCGCUCGACCCGCACAACUGCCAGGACGUCGACGAGUGCGCGGAUCGCAACGGCGGCUGCCAGCACUCCUGCAGGAACACCAUCGGCUCCUUCGCCUGCGGCUGCAGAGAGGGCUUCACGCUCGCCACCGACGGCCGCUCCUGCGUCGCGUCGCCGGUGUGUUGGAAUCUCCGAUGCCAACAACACUGUUUAGUCAGCGCUGCCGGGAACCCCUCCUGUGGAUGUCGCGAAGGUUACGUCCUCGUGAGGGCAAGACAGUGCGAACCAACGUGCGCUGUUGGUAAUGGAGGCUGCCAACACCACUGCCACCAGUCCACUAAUGGGCCCGCUUGCACCUGCCACUCCAAGUACCUCCUGGCAGCCGAUGGCCAGUCUUGCGUGCCCUCCUGUGCCAUCAACAACGGGGGAUGCGAGCGCCGUUGCCACAACACCGCCACGGGAGUUCGAUGUUCUUGCACCAAAGGGUUUCUGCUGCACUCCGACCACCGCUCCUGUCUUGAUGUGGACGAAUGCGCGACUGACAACGGAGGGUGUGAAUACCGGUGCAUCAAUAACUACGGCAGCUACGAAUGCGUGUGUCCAACCGGCUACAAACUCCAGCCGGACGAACGCACCUGUCGGGACGUGGACGAAUGUGCUGUCAAGGGCACCUGCGAACACAUGUGCAUGAAUUCCCCGGGGUCUUAUCAGUGCUCGUGCAAGGAAGGAUACCAGUUGUUUGCAACGGCGCACUGCGGGGACGUGAACGAAUGCAGCGUGGACAACGGCGGCUGCAGCCAGGAGUGCAUCAACAUCGAGGGUUCGUAUAAGUGCGCAUGCGAAGCCGGAUACCGCCUGCACCCGAACGGCAAAGACUGUCUGCAGACGGACAAAUGCACGCCGCUGAGGAACCCAAAUAAGGCGGAGGUAUCAUGCUACCACCUGGAGGACUACGGUUACGAGGAGCGGUGCACGGUGCGCUGUCGUCCGGGCGCGCGCUUCACCUCAGGCCCCGAUGACUACUACGUGUUCACCUGCGGCCGCCACACCGCCUUCAGCUGGACGACACAGGAGCCCGCUGCUAACGCCUCCCACCUUGCUUGUUCAGAAUCUCAGGUCGAGCCAGGAUUUAAGUGGUCGGUGAGGCUGAUGCUGACGACCAGUGUUGCCAAUAACACGACGCUCCCCUCCGUUGCCAAACCGCUCAUGGACGCACUGACAGUCAAUCAGAUAAUCCGCGCCGCCUUUGAAGUGCUGGUGUUCCCUCCGCCGCCUCAACGCCGGUGCCGCCACAGCUGUGCCCGGCGCCACGCUCGGAGGCUCAUCCCUGGCGUCCUGGGCACCCUGAGGAAGACGCUCCUUAAUCUACGGGAAGUCAUCAGCGACACCGGCCAGAGGUACGAGAUUAUCCCGAAGACGUUCAAGACCAGGCGACACCACCAGGAGGCGUGUCCAGACGGCUACGUCCUCAUAGGGAACAAGUGCGUCGCGUGCAGCCAGGGGUCAUACCACGACCCGCGCAGCAACCUGUGCCUGGCGUGCCCGGCCGGGAAGUACCAGGAGCGCGAGGGCCAAACCUCGUGCCAGGCGUGCCCGCCCUCCGCCCCCCCGGGAGGCCCUCACAAGCUCGCGGCUCGCAACGCCUCCGAGUGCUCUGACGCGUGCCCUGCUGGCCACUGGAGCAUUGACGGCUUCAGCCCUUGCCGCCCCUGCCCUGCCGGGACCUUCCAGUCUGACAUCGGUAGGGUAGAGUGCAUACCCUGCCCGGAAGGACUGACCUCCCCUGGUGCCGCUUCCUCGCUUUCUCAGUGUCUCCAGGGCGCUCAAGUUUGCCAGCCGGGGCAUUUCUGGAGUCGCACAUCCCGACAGUGUGAGAGCUGCCCCCAAGGGUACUACCAGCCCGACGAAGGCGCCUCCUCCUGCCGCCAGUGCCCCGGGGGCGUCGACACUGAUCACACAGCUUCCGUAACCGUUGAUGAUUGCAAGAGACAAGAAUGCGGUGGUUUUGUGGGGAAUCUCUCGGGGGUGUUCGAAACCCCAAACUACCCCGGCAACUACCCAAACAACGCGAGAUGCACUUGGAUCGUUAAGCCUGCAAAAGGACGUAAAGUUCUUGUAGUCGUGCCUGAAAUUCGACUGAGUCACGACCAGUGUGGAGACUACCUGGUGUUGAGGAAAUCCAAAUCGCCGUACAGCACCGUGACCUACGAGACGUGUUCGAGCGUGGACCGGCCGAUGGUGUUCACUUCUCGUUCCCGCCGUCUCUGGGUUCACUUCCGCAGCGACGGGAACGGCACGCAGCAGGGGUUUCGCAUACGUUUCGUCACUUACAAUGGUUGUGCCGCCAUUCCCAAGCAGGACCGAGAGCUGCUUCCUCGCCUCCUGGAGGUGGUCGCGGAGCCCAUCAAGUACUACGAGUAUGCGAAGAAGAAGGAGAAGCUCUUUCCCUCGUCCUUCAUCAGGCUGCUCACGCCCAAGGUCAGGAGGUUCUUCUCAUACAAGAGGAGAUAG